AUGUCUUCCCAGAAUGAUGCAGCUACCAGUACGGCGGCCCUUCCAAUGUCCAAUCCAGAAGCUUUUUUAAAGCCUUCCCCAGUUCUAUAUUCUGGAUCAGUUGCUGCAGCAAAGGGAUAUCUUGACUCUCUUACACAGGACUUGAAAAAAGAGCAGCGUGAACAAAAACGGAAGCAGCGUACCACAGUCCCCCAAGUCCAUCAGCUCCAUGUUAACGGGUUCAACCACAAUCAGAUAUGGGAGCAAGCGAAGCGCAUCCUGGAUUCAGCGUUGACAAUAUCUUCCCGGGACUUGGACAGGUUCAAUGAACGAAAUACAGCGUUAUCCAGACCUUCCAAACAGAAAUUUCCCGAGGAUGACGAGAGUAUGUUGGACGAGGUGGAAGACGAUGAGGAAAUGGAGGACGACGAAGACAACGAAGACAAUGAAGAAAUGCUAGACUUGGAAGAUGAGGAAGAAGUCGAUUUUGCCGAGGACUAUGGUGAAUCAUUACCAGAGGAAGAGAAAGAAGAGGAUGAGGAGGAGGAAGAAAAAGAAGACGGAACUUUGGACGGAGAUGAGCCCCCGCGUCCCGAUAAAAAGAAGAAAAUCGAUCCCCAUGGCCUGAACGAUGACUUCUUCUCAUUAGAAGAAUUCAACAAACAGUCAACCUUCUUUGAAAACCGGGAUUCCAGGCGCCCGCACACCGAUGCUGACAGCGACGAGGAGGAUAUAGACUGGGAUGCAGAUCCCCUCGCACUACCAGAUAUACCAGACAAGAGAACCGUGGACGAAGUCGAAAAUGACGAAGAUGAAGAUGAUAUAGACGAGGACGAGUUGGAUCUUGAUAUGGAAAUACCCGACGCCAAUUUCGAAGAAGGAGAUGAAGAUGAAGAUGGUGAUAUGGGUCUGAAAGAUGACCCCCGGAACGCUAAAUAUGAAGACUUCUUCGAUCCUCCGCCGAAUGCUAAGAAAUCCAAAUCAAAACAGACAAAGCAAACUCAAGAAGAUAUAGAUGCGGACAUUGAUCGAGCAAUGGCAAACGUACGGCGAGAUUUGUUUGAUGAUGAUGAAAUGAGCGGGGAAGACGAUGCUAUGGAAGGCGAACAGUCAAAAAACAUGUCCAGCCAUGAAAAAAGACGAGCACAGAUCGCAGAUGAGAUACGACGGCUAGAAGCUGCCAAUGUCGCAAAGAAAGACUGGACGCUGAUGGGAGAAGCUCAGAGCAAUGCCAGACCAAUCAACUCACUAAUCGAAGAAGAUUUGGACUUUGAGCGAGUUGGCAAGCCAGUGCCCAUCAUCACGACCGAGGUCAGCAACGAUAUCGAAUCACUCAUCAAACGCAGGAUCAUUACUAAGGAGUUUGAUGAUAUUAUCCGUCGUCGACCACUUGCUAUUGGCGAACAGGGCGGAACCACUAAGCGGAAGUUUGAGCUGGACGAGACGAAACCUCAGCAUAGUCUGGCGGAGCUAUAUGAGCAGGACCAUCUACGUGCCACCGACCCGGGAUUCAUCGACAAGGGAGCUGAAAAGCUACGGAAAGAGCACAACGAGGUUAUUCAGCUAUGGGAGGAGAUUAGCUCUCAGCUAGACACCCUAUCAAACUGGCACUUCAAGCCCAAAAGGCCUCAGGUUGACCUUAAUGUGGUAUCUAAUGUUGAUACUAUCACUAUGGAAGAUGCUCAGCCAACUACCCGUGGUGAAUCCGGUAUUGCGUCUGGAAACAUGGCUCCUCAUGAGAUAUAUAACCCAAGUGAAACCAGAAUGGCCGGAGAGAUCAAGUUGAAGAGUGGUGUAUCGUUGGCUAAGGACGAACUGGACAAGGAGACUAAGCUACGACAUCGUCGCCGCCGUGAGGCACAGAAGAAGAGAAAGAGAGAAUCCCAAGCAGCUGCCAGCAAGCCUGACAGUGCUUCAUCGCAGAAGAAAGAGUUGGUCUCGAACUUGAAGAAGGGAGGCGUCAAAGUCAUUGGCAAGGGAGGCAAUUUGACUGACGUCCAGGGGAACAAAAUCCAGGACACUGCCUCCACGGGCCGUGAGAACCUUAAGCUGUGA